CCAAAUUAUCAAGGGCUUGGCACACAAGGGUUUAUCUUUUCAACUCACAAGUCGCUAGUUCCCGCAUAGCAAAGCUGCUUGGCGCCUGCAAAGAAACAUGGCGCUCUUAAGUACGCUGCCUUUCUUAACGGCAGCAGUCUUGGUUGCGUGCACGGUGCUCGCCAGCGGAGAUUCUGGGGCUUUGCACCGGGUGCAAUUGAAGAAGAAGCAGCUCUCCCUGGCGACAUACGGACGGCCGAGGCCCUAUCUUAACAAUAUGCUUGGAUACGGUGGUGAUGUGCCACUGCAUAACUUCAUGGACGCGCAAUACUAUGGAGAGGUUUCUCUAGGAACACCUCAGCAAUAUUUCCAGGUCAUCUUCGACACGGGUAGUUCCAAUUUGUGGGUCCCGUCGUCGAAAUGCUCUUUUUUCAACAUAGCAUGCCGACUGCACAGGAGAUACUACGCGGCGAGGUCAAAGACCUACAAGGCAAACGGUACGGCGUUUUCCAUCCAGUACGGCAGCGGCUCUCUGGACGGGUUCAUCAGUGAGGACAUUCUAGGCUGGGGCGGUCUGGCGGUUCCGGAGCAGGGCUUCGCGGAGGCGGUCAACGAACCGGGCCUUACGUUUGUGGCCGCCAAGUUCGACGGCAUCCUGGGCAUGGGCUUCCCGGCCAUCUCCGUGUCCGGUGUGGUUCCCCCCUUCACCCGCCUGGUGGACAGCGGGUUGCUGUCGGAGCCCGUGUUCUCGUUCUGGCUGAAUAGGGACUCUUCCGCGGCGGUGGGGGGUGAGCUGGUGCUGGGGGGAGUGGACCCGGCGCACUUCACGGGGGAACACACCUGGGUGGAUGUUACUCGACGGGGCUACUGGCAGUUCAACCUGGACGGCAUCCAUCUGGGUUCGCAGCGCCUCUGCACCCAGGGCUGCCCCGCCAUCGCCGACACGGGCACCUCCCUCAUCGCCGGCCCCGUGGAUGAGGUGGCCGCCAUUAACCACGCCAUCGGUGCCACGUCAGCUUUAUCGGCACAGUGCCGUACACUUGUACGGGAGUACCUUCCAGAAAUUGUGGCGGCGUUGCACAAUCUGCCCUUAGACCAGGUGUGUGCCAGCAUCGGCCUCUGCCCGGCGGUCCACCAUCAGAGCGCGGAAGAGCCGAAACAGCAGCAGCAGCAGGAACAGAGGCAGGAUCUGGAUCUGGAUUUGGAACAAGAGCUCCCCCGCACCAGGCGCCUCCUUACCACCAUGACGGCCUCUUCACGCCAUACCAUCCGACCAGCUCAAACCACCACCACUGACAGCAGCAGCAGCAGCGACGGCGCCAGCUCUGCGGGGGCGCGCCUGGCCAAGGUACUCAGCACCGCUGCCGCCGGUACGACAGGCGCCUCGACCCCCGCCGGUACGACAGGCGACAGCGUGGCUUGCAGCUUCUGCCAGACGGCAGUGCAGUACAUUCGGAUUGCGCUCGAGUCCAACGCGACCAUUGAGCAGAUCGCGGAUGCGGUGGGAAAUUUGUGUGAUCAGGUCUCGUUCGGCGGUCCCUCCGUUGUGGAUUGCACCAAGCUAUCCAAACUACCCAUCUUGGAGCUGGAAGUCGGCGGCCGCACCUUCCCGCUGCGUCCUGAGCAGUAUGUGCUGCGCGUGGAUGCGGGUGGCGGCGAGGAGCAGUGCGUGAGCGGCUUCAUGGGGCUGGACGUGCCGGUGGGGCCGUUGUGGAUCCUGGGAGAUAUCUUCCUGGGUGCCUACCAUACAGUUUUCGACUACGGAGGGUCGCGUCUGGGCUUUGCGGUGGCCGCCUAA